UAGGGCGGGCUGACAAAGGACAAAGCUUUCCCCACCCUCGCUGUCGCCGUUUGUCUGACUACACAUCGAUCGUUGACCUCAACCUCCCUGUCUCUUAAUCCUCUCCAAUGUCUACUGAUCGUCAGAUCCUCCUCCGUUUCAUCAAUAAAUUGCCGACCCACAGAUUCCAAUGCUCCUUUCAUCCUCAGUCAACGCCCCCGCCAGCUUCUGAAUCCGAAACCAAAUCCCAAUCCACUUCUGGGUUUGACUCUCCUCCUCCGAUCCUCAGAUGGGUCGCAGGCAAAACGACGCUGAGACCACCCGUUGCGCCCCUCUGAUCCUCUUCCUCCUGGGCCUCAUCUCCCUCAGUAUAGUCUACACCUUCUUGUCCACGAUUCUCGCCCAGAGGGGCGGCCCAAGAUUGAACCUUGGCGGUGUGGAACCGGCCGACGCUGUGAGUGUCGACGAGGAAGAUGGCGGGUGCUGUCGGGGAAUCGAGAACUUGGAGCUGUGGGGAGCAGCUGUGAAAUGGGGAUCCGAUCAUAAGUUCAAUUCCUCCGAGGAGUGUUGCCGGGCUUGCAAGGCGAUGUGCGGCGGGAAUGAUGGACCUUGCCUGUGUGAUACUUGGGUGUUCUGCGGGAAUCGUGAGAGUUGCGGGUCGAAGUAUGGGGAGUGUUGGCUGAAGAAACAGAAGGACUCGAUGGUUCCCGAUAGGCAAGAGGCAGGGGAGACCGUGAGCUGGACCUCUGGUCUCGUCUUUGGGAAAGGAGUGGGUAUAAUUGGCUUGGAAACGGAGUACGGAACUCUUCAUAUUAAACUGUUGCCCGACUGCGCUCCACUUUCAGUCUCCUACAUUCUUGAGGUGUCAGCAUUACGCCACUGUGCAGGUUGCCAAUUUUACCGUGCAGAAGGUCGAGGAGAGUUCUGGGAUUCCGAGGGGAACCAUGUGAAAAAUGCACCACUUGGUCCCCCUUUUGCAUUGAUUCAAGGAACCCUUGAGGCUCAAGGAACCAAAUUUAAGAAGAUCCCCAUGGAAGCCUGCCCGACGAUAAGGAGGGGAACCGUUGCAUGGGUUGGGUCCGGCCCAGAGUUCUUCAUAAGCCUGGCGAACCACCCGGAGUGGAAGAAGGCCUAUACCGCCUUCGGCUCGGUUCUUCCCGAAGACAUGGGCAUCGCGGAAAAGAUUGCUCAGCUCCCCACCAAAGAAGAUGUCUGGAACAACAUUAAUGUCUCGGUUUUGGAGAAGCCUGUUCCUCUGAUCUUGCGACGAGCCGACUUGAAAACAAACUUGGAAUGAAAAUACUCUGUUUCUAAUAGGCUGGUGCACUCUCUUUGUUUUUGCAGUGUUUGUUACUUUCUUGUACACUAUACAUUACACGCUCGAUUCUGCAAAUGUGAAAUGGAGGAGUUAUAAAAGCAUAUUUCUUCUUCUU